GGUGAUUCGCAAACACCGUGCGCGUAGAUCUUCUGCACGUUCUUCAUAGGAAAAGUGUUGAGUUUUUUUUUUUAAAUCACUUUUCAGUGUGAAAAAGAUUGUUCGUUUAUGGUGCAAUUAUGUUACGGAGAUAUAACAGCUUUAUGUAAAUGAUUUGUCUCUGCCGUCCAUAAAGAAGAUUAGACCAGUUCGUAGUUCUCUUCCGCAGGCGUAACGAUGUGCUGGGACGGCAUCAAGCGUGUAGUUGAAGACAUACCAAAGUGGUCUCUGCUGGUGCUGAUUUCGCACGUGUUGACUUGUUGUUCCACGACGCCGGUACCAGAAGACUUGGUGGCCGGUCCGAACUUCAACCACUUCGGCUCGGAUGACAGUAGGGCGGACAUUUUCACGUCCGCCUAUUUGAACGUCACGUUUCUGACUGAGGAUGGCUGGAAAUGGGACAAAACGGACGUCGGGAGGUACGGCGGCGGCUACGUUGGUCAAGCCUACGGGGAAUUGGUCCACGUGACGUCCAGAGCCAGACUCGACGACCACACGGGCUGCCAACUGCCCCUCACAAGUUCGAGGGCAGACAGGAGUUUGCCCUCGCCUGGCACGCCCUGGAUAGCCCUCAUCAAGAGGGGCCGUUGCAACUUUGAGAACAAAGUGGAGAACGCGUUCCGCAGCAACGCAGCCGGUGUGUUGGUGUACAACGACAGGGACUCGGCGACGCUGGACAAGAUGAAGCUAUCUAGCGACUCCAGACGUAAUAUCAGUGCGGUAUUUAUUUACAAAUGGAAGGGAGAAGAAUUAGCGAGCAAACUAGACAACGGCUCAAAAGUGUACGUCCAUAUCACAGUCGCUGGUCAAAUGUCUUCUAGAACAGCGAACAUAAAUAGAACGUCAGUGUUAUUUGUCUCGAUAACAUUUAUAGUGCUAAUGAUAAUAUCACUGACAUGGUUGGUGUUCUAUUAUGUGCAGCGGUUCAGGUACAUACGCACCAAGGAUAAGAUGUCUAGAAGACUAGGCAAUGCGGCUAAGAAAGCUUUGUCCAAAAUUCCUACAAAGAAUUUGAAGGCUGAUGAUAAGGAAAUGCAAGGCGACUGUGAAUGUUGUGCUAUCUGUAUAGAACCUUACAAAUUAUCUGAAACGCUACGAUUAUUGCCAUGUGGGCACGAAUUCCACAAAAACUGCAUCGACCCGUGGCUGCUGGAGCACCGGACUUGUCCCAUGUGUAAGAUGGACAUUCUCAAACAUUACGGACUCGUGUUUACUGGAAGUCAGGAAAGCAUCUUGCAGAUGGACACAGAUGUUGGAGCUCACAAUUCCCUAGAGAGUCAAAGUAAUACCAGUCCGAGGCGUAUAGGUGUUAUCAGCCCCUUACCCGAAAUAAUUGCAGAGCAACAGAGACAGAGAUAUUUUGAAAAUCCCAGAGAAGACGACAGUCGGGCUUCCACCCCGGACGAAAUGACGCCCAGUUUGCCCCAAAGGGGGCAGUUCCCGGUACGUCAGGAGCUCUGCGUGAGCUGCAUCGCGGCCAAGGCGGCUGCCGCCAUGAAUCAACUUAAUAACGACAAGGAAACGGCUUCGACGUCUACGGAGAGUGAUAUACAGCAGGUGCUUUCGAUAAACUCCGACAGUGACAAUAAUAAAAUUCAGAGUAGUACCAAGAAAAGUACUUAAUUA